AACAUGGCGGACUUUGGCGAGGGUCAUACCUGUUUAGAAUGUGGGAAAAGUUACAAUAAGAAAUGGAGGCUUGAGGAGCAUAAGAGGUCCCAUACAGGAGAGAGACCUUUUAAGUGCGAGUUUGAAGGAUGUGGCAAAUCCUUUAUCAGACCAUACCAUCUGAAGCGUCACUCACUGAUCCACACAGGACAAGAAAUUUUUAAAUGUUCCUACCCAGGCUGUACACAAACCUUCUCUCUCAAGCAUAAUUUAAAGAGGCAUGAGAAGAGAUCACAUAACAAACCAUUUAAGUGCCAUUACGAGGGAUGUGAUGAGGCUUUCAAGAAAAGCACUCAGCUUAGGAGACAUAUUUGCAUUCACACAAAUGAAAAGCUGUAUAAGUGUCAGGUGGAAGGCUGUGGCACUGGGUUUGAUAGUCUAUCGAAGCUUCAGAAUCACAUGAAGAAGCACAACAAAGGAUACAUUUGCAGUACACCAGGGUGCUCUGCAGCCUUUGACAAAUUUUCAAAAUUAGCAGUGCACAUGAGAAGUCAUGGGGUUUCUUGCAACCAUUGUGGCAAGACCUUUUCACAAGCUUGUGAGCUCAGGAAGCAUGCCGUCAUACACAAUACGAAUCGGAAACUGUACGAAUGCCCUAGAGAGGGAUGCUCAAAAGUAUAUUUGAAGGCAUUUAACCUCAGAGUACACAUCAAAGCCUUCCAUGAGGGCCACCGGCCUUAUCUGUGCACAUGGGAAGGCUGUGCAAAAGGAUUCGCCCAUAAGAAUUCUCUCAGAAAACAUCUAGUGCUCCACGCAGAGAGAAGAAUAAAGCCAACACCGUCUCCUCAAGACAGAUCACCGUCUAAGAAAAAAAAGAAGAGAAGAAAGCCACUAUCACUCGCCAAAAAGCUCAGUGGGUAUCGCUCCUCCUUUUCUGAAAGCUCCGACACCCAGUGCGCGGAUACAGCGCCGAAAAAGAGAAAAACGUCAUAUACUCAAUCCGGGAGGAAUGAAACGGACAGCAUCAAGCACACAGAUCCAAAUGUGAGGCAAGAUGUAAACAUGCAACGAACUAAUCUCAACACGAGUGGCUUAAACGGCAUCACUGAGGCAGCGAAAAUGGCGUCUACAUCUCUUAACGUCGUUUCGAAUAGCACGUUUGUGGCUCAAUUAAGUGAUGCUACUGUGAACCCUGAAACACGGGGUAGAUUUGAAGGAGCUCAGGGUCAGGAUAUUGUAGCAGACGGUUCUUCGGUCUCUCUGACUUCAUGUGAUGAUUUUGUAAUAUUGCCAAAUGUGGUUGGUAAAAGACCCGAGGAACUGCAAGAUGAAGUUACCUCAAGUCUUUCGACAAACAACGGUCUUGGACAAAAUGCAGACUCUUUUGCAGGUGAUGGUAGCAUGUCUCCUUCCUCUGAUGAUGGAGGAGAAUUCAUGGAUUUUGAACCAGCCGUUGGUGAUAAUUCUGUGGCUAAUUCCCCUUUACCGUGCGAAUCUGAACCUACAACUGACUUGGUGGAACCAUUUAAGUUUGGAGAAGCUUCGAGUGACCAACAGUCAUCCGCUGACCUAGUACGAAGGAACACUGAGGGUUCGCCUUUUAGAGGCGACGCGGAAAUAAUCUCGACCAUGGUGACUACUGUAUGUGUAAAUGAUUCAUUAGGAGACAAUGACUCGGGUUGUUCGAACUCGUCCAAAGUUUCCAGUCCAGUUGAUCAAGUGAAAUCAGUUGGAACAAACAGUACCCAAAACAUUGGUGGGAAAGGGAUCAUGGAAUCCAGUGACAUCCGUUCUUCAAUGACGGGUGAUAAAAACAAUUCUGACGCAUUCUGCUCUGUAUCAGAUGAAAUAGCUUCGGUUUCGCAGCCUGAACCACCUCUUGGGGGUGACAAUAACGUAGACGAAAACGGUGUCAGCGACAAACUUGCCAACGUUACAAAAGUCGUAGACUUCCCGGUUAUGGACGAUGUGCUUCAAAUUAUCGAAGAAGAAGAAAACGAACAUGACAGCGUUCGGUGUGGAAAAAUUACUGACAGUAAGAGUGCUGAUAAGGACGAGGUGGUGAGGAUGGAUAACCUAAGAGUCGAUGAUACUGGCUAUAGAGCGGACAAAUGUAUUGAAACACGGUUGAUGAGUCCCACCAACCCGGGGGCGGAAGUCCCACACGGAAACGAGGGCGAUGGAGAGUUACCGGAAGAGCAAGACAUGGUAGAUGAUAAUUUAAACGGUACUUCUCAUCACGAUAAUAUCGAUAGCGAUGAAGAGGACAUCGUUCUUUCAGAACUGGUGAAACGGUUACGAGACUCUAGCGAGCAUAAGACCCGAGCAACGAGUGACAGAGAACAGAAGGAACAAAGCUGUUCAACUAGUUCAAACCGUAACACGAGACGAGGAGAUGAAACAUGUGGUCUGGGACGUGAAACAAGUCAAAGUGAGGGUAAGACGACGGUUAUUGAGAAAAAUUCGCGGACGAAAAGUCCACAAAUUGACUCAACCCGUGCCACUAACAGUGUGAACGACUCAAACUCCACCGCAGAAGUUGCUCCAGACAAAAUUACCGUGGAAGUGAUAUCCGGGAUACGUGAACGGUUUUGUAAGCCGAAUUCAAAGCAGAAAAGUAAGAAAAAUGUUGGUGUUCAACUAACCGAGAACAAGUCCGCCUUGCGCACCCAAGCAAAACCUCUAGCCCAUCGGAAAGAAAAGUCUCCGAAAGGCGCCAGUCAAACUAAUGGUAACAACUUGAAGGGUGACAAUUCUGGCUCGGGGACAAGCAGGAAUUCUGAUAUAAUCGCGGGCAAGAAAGAUGAAUACGUCGGGGACGUUUCCAAAGCCAAGUUUCGAACUAAAGACAAUAUUUUUGCCUUUGAUGUGCAAACGUUGGAAUUAUUGUGGAAUUUUAAGGGGAAGUGACUGAAAACGCUUUUUAAGGCUGCCAGCAGUGAGUCACUAAGGCGGCUCACUGGGAGUUUCGAGUUCAUUAUCUUGCGGCAGCUCUGGCAGUUUGUAGGAAGACCCAAAACUUUAUACACUAGUUUUGAGGAAUUGACAUUUUUCAGUCAUCAGUCUUGAUGUUUUGUCGACAUAUCUCAGUUCGUCUAUCUAAAUAGAGAACCCACCUGAUAAUUGCUUGUUUUUCCACCGGAAGUUCUGAUAAUUGUUAUUGUUAUUGAAACUUCUUGUAAUUUUGGUUAUCGAUGGAGCUGUCUUCCCUGUUUUGAUCCCUGAACACCGUCACUAACAACAGCAGUUAGAGAAAAGUUAGCAGAUCUGUACGUUGAAUGGUAGAACCUUAAAGCCUUUGUGUUAUGGAUAACUGCUACCGUUGUAAGGCAGUGAAAACUGUAAAAAAUGGUCUGAUUUUAAACCAAAUCUGGGAUUGCAAUCAAACGUUUAUUAUUUCAAUUGCUGUUUUCAAAAAGGAUUAAAACUUUAUCAGUAAAUCAGGUGCAACACUAUUUCUGUUUGACUAAAUGCAGACGAGGUAUAACCUAACUGGGUUUGCCUAAAAUUUGUGAACAAAAUAAGGUAUUUAUAUUUAUUUAAAUGUAUGAUAUUCGAAGUUCAAAAAAGAACAAAGGUAUCAAUAAUUUGUGAAAUAAAAAGCAGUCUAUGACUGCAUGUGCCUACUGUGG